CAUCGUAUUCACUGUAAUCGAGAGAGAGAGAGAGAGAGUGUGUUCGCAUAUUCAUCUUCAAUUCAUCGCAAACAUACACCAUCAGUUCGUGAAACUCAAAGAGGCAACAAUGGCUUCCCACGAACAAACCUACCGAGCUGGUGAAACCAAGGGCCGAGCUGAGGAGAAGACUGGUCAAACUAUUGAAAGCAUGAAGGACAAGGCCCAAACAGCGAAGGACAAGGCUUCGGGCAUGGCGCAGCAGACGACGGGCAGCGCCGGCGAGAAGACUCAGUCGGCGAAGGACAAGGCUUCCGACACGGCCCAGAGUGUGAAAGAGAAGGCUUCCGGCACGGCCCAGAGUGCAAAAGAAAAGGCUUCGGGGACGGCGCAGAGUGCGAAAGAGAAGGCUAUGGGGGCGGCGCAGGUGACGAGGGAGAAGGCGGCGGAGAUGACAGAGGCGGCGAAGGAGACUGCGCAAGCGGGGAAAGAGAAGACCGGUGGGUUUCUGCAGCAGACGGGGGAGCAAGUGAAGAGCAUGGCCCAAGGGGCAACUGAUGCAGUGAAGCAUGCGUUUGGAAUGGCUGAGACUGAUGAAGAUAACCCCAACACUACCAAUACCAAUACCAAUACCAGGAAAAUUUAACUCUUCUCUAGCUGUGUUGUUUUACUUUAGUUUGAGCAGGGAAGAGGAUCCUUUACUGUAAUAUGGAAUAAGAAGAAGAAGAAGAAGAAGAUGAUGCACCUUUCUUUUAAAGAUCGACAUGUCAAAGUCUAUUUUGAGGGUGAAAUAAAAUGUUCAAAAAAAAAAAAUCUUUGGAGCUUAUCUUACCCUUA